UCUUAAUUAUAUUAAAUCAAUAAAUCAAUCCUUGGUCAAUAAGUAUUUACAUUUUCCAUAGUUAAUUGUGAUUAAAUUAGCCAUUGGACAAAUGAUUAACCAAUUGUUAGCACUGAGAGAGCCCUCAUGCCCCUGAAAAUCAAGUCUAAUCAUAAUUUGAUUUAAUUGUCUGACUGAUUAGUUAGACCCUGAUUGUGAUGCUGCGAACGUCAUAUCACCUUGAUUGUUGUUAUUAGUUUAAUCAUGAUUAACCAAACACUUUCCUUGAACCUUUUUGCUUUUCGUUGUUAAUAUUAACCAACUAGGCAAUGGGAUGGAGGUUAACUCCCAGUUAAUAACAAUCAAAUUAAAUUAAUAUUAAACCAAUCGCAAUAGCAAUAAGACAUAAUUGUUUUACUUUUUUUCUGAUCAACAAUUAGCUCAAUGUAAAUUAGUAAGAUCAGUGAUCUUAAAUCACAGUUGAAUUAAUUCACUGUUAACUGUUAUUAAAUCGUUCCGGGUUCAACGAUCGAUCCAAUUAAUCUGAUUAAGUUUUAAAGUGAUUAACAUAAUCGCGAAAUUGAUUCUUAAUUGGCAAAUAAUCAAACCCAUUUAACAUCCAAUUGGCAAUAGUUAAUCAAAUCUCUUAAUUAACUGAUUGCCAAAAUUAAUCAAAUGAUUUAACUAAUUGUCAUCAAGUGCGAAGACAAAGUUUCACAGCUCGAUUCUGAUCUUUCAUUGAUUCAAAUUCAUUCAUUUCAACAGUUAACUUGAUUUGUGUUGAUCCGAUUCAGUUAAAUUAAUAUUAUUGUGAUACUUUGAUUUUAAUUAAAAUUCAGUGUUGACAUUAAAUUUGAUCGUAAAAAUGAAAAAUGAUCAACUUAACUAUUCAUUAAGUUUUCAUUAAUUGAUCUUAUAUAAUACAAUGUAUUUAGAAUUAAAUUGUGAUUUGAUUUCCUCAUUCUGAUCAUUAAAUAAUCUGUGACUCUGCAAUUGACAAUCACCUAAAAGCAGACUGAUUCAAUUGGAUUGUGGUAACAAUUAAAGUUACGAUAAUAUUAAUAAGCUCAUCAGCUGAUCAAACAAUCAGCAAAAUUUUGCAAACCAUUGUGAUUAAAGUGUAUUAAUCAACUCUAAUCAAUUAUAGCCUUGAUCGUUAGCAAUUGUUGAUCACUUUCUAAUUGUUUACACUUUGCCAUCAAGAUUAUGUAACAAUUUAAUCAUCACAACAACAAUUCAAUUUACUGAAAGUGAACAAUUUAAUUCGUUGAUUAAGAUAAUAACCUUGACAAUAAUUUACAAAUCGCUACUCGAUUGUUUUAACAAUAAACUUUUCAAAUCGAUUCAAUUGAUCAACAAUCAACAUCAUCAUUAUCAACAUCAAUUGCAAUCAAAGAGCAAGAAAUGAUUAGAUGAUAUUUGUUUUACUUUACUUUUUAAACUUUGUGAUUGACCUCAAGUCAAUGAGAAUCUAAGGCUAUUUUGACCCAGAAAAUUUGCUUAAGGUCACUAUUAGUCCAUCUAAUCAUCACCAUCGACAAAAAACCAGCAACAAAUUUACAUCUAAUUAUUAACAAUAACGGAAAGUACAAAAACUCUUACCAGUCGUCGAGAAUCAGAUCGUUUUUCUAUUAUUCCGUUGAUUUGAUGAUCCCAAGUGCUCUUAAUUAUGCCUUCAAUGUCUGUAAAUAUUAACCAAAAGCCAAAUGGUAAAAACAUCGACUCAGGUUAUGCUUGGGUUAUCCCGUUUUCCUGUUGCUUCAUCAACGCCAUAUUGUUUGGUAUCCACCGAAGUUAUUCAUUAUUUUUAUCAGAAGUUCUCGAAACUUAUCAUGUAUCUCGAAGUGAAGCUACCUGGCCUUUCAGCCUUUGCAUGACCGUGAUUCACCUUUCAGGUCCAAUCUCUGGUGUUUUAAAUUCACAUUUAGAUAUAAGGACAAUUGUUUUUAUCGGUUGUGUUUUCUCAACGAUCGGAGCAGCGCUUUGCUAUUUUGCUACAUCGGUUUUGGAUAUUGUCCUGUUUGUUGGAAUAAUUCAAGGUUUUGGAAUCGGCAUAACUUAUGUUCAAAAUCCCGCAAUAAUCAAUGAAUAUUUUGUUAAAUAUCGAGGGUCAGCCCUUGGAAUCGCUCUUUCAGGAGGCACCCUCGGGGCAUUCGCCAUAUCGCCAUUGGCUCGAAAUAGUCUCAGUUAUCUCGGUUUACAUAAAUCGUUUCUUACUUUGGCUGUAUUAACACUUUUAACUCUUCCAGUUAGUUUAACUCUUCGUCCUCAAAAAUCAUCAUCGAAAAAGUUAUCAUCAAAAUCACCAUCAGAAAAAAAGGAUAAUCUGAAGAAGAUAUUUUCUAUUUCACCGGUUUACUUGACUCAUUUUGGUGAAAAUUUAAACAAAAAUCAAUCAGAAAGUAACAUCGUAAUUGGUGAUAACAAUUCGAGUAAUAAAACACCAACAGAAUCUCCACCAGAUAAAAUUUUACAGAAAUCAAAUUAUUACAUCAACGAUAAUUACAAUCGAUCAACAUUACAACUAAUGUCGUCGAAAUUUGUUCAAAUGGCUUUGACGAUGGAGCGAAAGAUUUCAACCAACGAAAAGAUGGUUCUUCCAACGAUUCACAAACUAUCUGAAACAGCGAAACGAUCUCAAGUUAAACAACAAUUAGACAGAAUUGUUUUAAUAAUAACCAAUCCAUGUUUCGCAUUAAUUUGUGCGACUCAUUUGGCUUAUUUUUGGGGAGUCAUCACAUACACUAUGGUCAAUGUUGAUCUCGCUGUUGACAAAGGUUUAUCUCGAGAUGUCGCAGUCCAUUUGAUUACGACUUUUUCGGCUGGUGAUCUGGUCGGUCGUUUAGGAUCUGGAUGGUUCAUGGACAAUCGUUUGGUUCCUCUCAAAUAUAUGGCCAUGUUUAAUAUCUUUAUUGUCGGAGUAUUACUCAAAUGUAUUCCAUUGACAACCAAUUAUUACGUUUUAACGGCGAUAUCGACAGGAUUGGGUUUUAAAUCAGGAAUCAUUGUAAAUAUGCUCAACAUUUUAUUCUGUAAAUAUCUUGGAACUGAAAAUUCACCAUUAGCCUUUGGAUUAAGUUCCUUCUUUUGUGGAUUAACAACUUUAGUACGUCCAAUGUUAGUUGGUUAUUAUCGUGAUGCCGCUUUCGGUUCAUAUGAUGGACUUUUCAAUUUAUUGAGCGUCUUCGGGUUCUUGGCAUCAGCACUUUGGUUAACAGAGCCAUUUAUAAAUCCGUCAAAGAAAAAUGGAAAACACAACCAUAAAGAUAACCAAACUAACCAAGAAAUUAAUGGUAAACAAAUUGUCAAUCAAUCAAUUGCAUCAUUGACAUUACCUCAAUCUAAACAAUCAUCACCAUCUAGUGACAAAAUUUCUGACCAAACUUUGGUUAGUGUUUGAAAAGAUUCAAAAUCAACUUGAGUUUCAAUUGAUCUUAAAUUUCAAGCAAUAAUUUAAAAUCAUCAAAGUUUAUAAUCAACGGCAACCUGACGAAAACCUCAUUCAAUUAAGUUGACCUCAGACAAACGAAAUAUCAAUAAAAAGAACAAGUUCUAACUUAUUUUAUAACAGCAAAAA